UUAACAUCGAUCAGACGUUUCCGGAGAAGACGACACUCAUUCUUGAAAAAAACUUUAAUGUCAAGGAAAACAAGCAUUUAUAAUGUCUUGGGCUUGUCUGCUUCCUGAGGAACUUCUAUGUAGACCUACUAGUCUAAUAGUGCUGACUGGUCUAGAUGUUACUUACAAUGCAAUUCAUAAACUGAUAUGGGACUCAUUUUGUAACAACAGGAGACCAGAUCGUGUACCACUGCAGUUUAAGGUCUUCUCAGGAGAUCAUGAGUACCCUAAAUGUAGGACAAACAAGAGACAGUCAUAUGAGUGGUAUAUACCAAAGGGCAUUGUCAAGACUGGAUGGAUGCACAAACAUUUACAGGAAGUUCCUGCUGUUGUCGUGGUUUUCUUUGACCUUGACUGGGAUGAACCAAUGUGGAAAGAGAGACAAAUGGAAUGUUCUACAAGAGUGGAAAUUGUCAGAAACAGUUUACAAGGCAGAUCAACUAAAGUAGCUGUUGUUUUGAUACAGAAAAAUGCCCCUCUACCACCUGGAGAAGAUGUGAUUGCUGCAGAGAGAGCUGCUUCCCUCUGUAGUGCAUGUGACUUGUCAGCAAAACAACUAUAUGUGCUUCCCCACACAGACCACCUCAUAGGAUAUACUAUAAGAUUAGAGAAUGCUUUUUAUGAACUAGCCCAAAGCUACUACCAUAGUGAAGCACGAAAAGUAAAGUCACACAGAGACUUCCUCAAUAAGACAACACACCAGCUCCUGUUUGUUAGACAUCAGUUUAAGAUAGCCUUCUUUAAUGAACUAAAACAAGACAGUCACACAGCUAUUAAGAACUAUAAGCAAGCCUAUGGACACUUACUGGAACUUAGAAUGCAUGAUACCAACUUGUUGGAGAUUAAGAGUAUAGCCGGUUUCAUCAACUACAAAAUUUGCAGAUUAUCAUUCCAACACAAUGCACCUCUAGAUGCUAUAGCACAGUUUAGGAAACACAUUGACUUCUUUAAAGGGAAGAUUGGAAUAGCUGAGUUAGCAUUUGAGCACAGUGCAUGGAUGUCAAAACAGUUUCAAGUUUUUGGUGACUUAUUUGAUGAAGCUAUCAAGUUGGGACUUACUGCUAUACAAACUCAACAUCCAGGUUUCUACUACCAACAAGCUGCCAAUCAUGCUGUUGCUAGGAAACAGUUGUGUAGAGGACUAUGUAAGCCUCUGACACAGGUCCUCCACCCUGAUCCAUUAGAAAACCUGUAUAAAUUAGACUUUUAUGGACAAAGACCAUGGAGACAGGGACAUCAAAGUAUAGAGGCUCCAGAUCUUCAAAGAGAAAAGGAUGGUGUUCUAGCUUUGCAGAGUUUAGAAGUACAGGAAGAUCAUUCUUGGUUGAUUAUACCAUUGCUGAGUAGUGCUGUGGCUCAGUUUAAGAAAUACAAAUCUCCAAGGAUGAAAAGAUAUCUAAUGGUACAGAUGGGUGAAGAGUACUUUCAUGCCAAGGACUACAGUAAAUCUUUGAUGUUGUUGAACAAAGUUAUGUGGGAUUAUAGAGCAGAAAGAUGGUGGCUGUUACUGACCUCAAUACUGGACAUUUCCUUAAAAUGUGCCUACCUAACAGCUAAAGUACAAGAUUAUGUCUCUAAUUGUAUGGAGUUGAUAGGAACAUAUUCUAAAUGUAGUGUGGAAGAAAAGACAAGAAUCCAAAUGAAUCUGAUCAAAGUUAUGUCUAAUGACCAACCUGAACCAGAGCCAGGUCUUGACCCUCAGGGAUCAGAAGCAGCUAGAAGGUUAUGGCAGACUACAAUGGAUACUCCCUGUACCUUCACCAUAGAAAUGCAAAAUAUUGUUCCUUUUGUUGAGUGUAAAGCCAGAUUUACUGUUGAUACUGUGUCUGCAGAUAAAGAAAUAGAGUUGGAUGUGUUCCUCAGAGCAAGCUGUCAAUUUCCAGUGAGAUUUUCAAAGUUGUCAGUUUUCUUUAGUAACCAGUUAUACAACCAGUACUGUAUUGUUAUUGAUGGCCAUGGUGUGUCAGCUGCAUCAGAGUCUGAAAGCACAGGGGCUGAUCUAUAUUUAGUACCAGGAAAACCCAAAUCUUAUAAAUUUAGUUUUCUACCUGUGAAAGAUGAUGUGGAUACACAGCUAGAGAUAACUGCAGUUGUUUUAGAGUUUGGUUUAGAAACAGGAAGUUUAGGAAAGUUGAAGUGGGUUGGCGGGGGUGGAGAUGCUGUCACACCCUUACAGACAGCUUUGUCUAUCUUACCAAAACAUAUAAACAGCCAGGGACCAUUGGAGUGGGAUAAUAUUGAUGUUAAAUCUGCCAUCAAAGUGACCCACAGACCAGCCAAUGUAAACUUUACUUUACACCAUGAGCCACCAUGCCUACUGAAUGAGUUCUACCAACUGGUGAUAGAUGUAGAAAAUAAGGAAUCAUUGGAUAUUAUGGAUGUCAGAUUAUCUUUUGGAUUGAAAGACCAGAGUCAGAAUGCAACAAAUGAACAAACAGCUCAUAUAAGUAUGGACAAGGCAGAAUAUGAUGGUAACUUGGAGAUUCAGAGAAUGGAAGCUAAUAUAGGUGUUAUACAGGCUGGAAAAAUGUCCAGUAGAAAGAUGUACAUCAAGAACAUGCAAACAGGAAGUAAGACAGUUUUUGUCAAGGUUGAAUAUUCUAUCUCUGUACCAACUAAACAGGCACAGAUCACAUGUUCUUGUCAGAAAGAAGAGUUUAUUACCGUGACAACUGUGUCUCCGUUUGAUGUAGCUGUCAAACUCCAGUCUAUGAAGUUUGAAGAAAUAGAGAAUAUCCAAGCAGAAGAACCUUUCAUUUUACUACCGGAGUUAACCUGUACUUCACCAUGGCCUGUAGAAUUUAAAUCUAGUCAACUUCAAAUGCCUACAAACAUACAGAGUACAGAUGAGGAAACAGUUUCACAGAUUCAAGGAGUGUGUUUAAACAAGAAAGAAUGUGCAACUGAGUGUUUUUGUUUGAUAACCAAAUCAACAUCACAGACCUCAACAUCACUAGGAACCUACACUGUUUCAUGGAGAAGAAAUUGGGACAGCGAUGUGGAGCUACCAUUUGUAACAACUUCCUUUCCUUUACCUGUAGUCAACAUAGAACACAUUCCAAUAUCAGUAGAUCUACGACUACCAGCAUAUGGUAGUGUGAAACAACUGCUCCCUCUCUGUUAUGUCAUACACAAUAGGACCUCCUAUCCACAGGAAAUGGAAGUUUCCAUGGAACCUAAUGAUAACUUUAUGUUUUCUGGUAACAAGCAGAUUCACUUCCGAGUCUUACCAGGAAAGCCAUACAAUUUGAUGUACAACUUAUUCCCUUUAAUGGCUGGACAUCUGCUGCUACCAAAACUUGCUGUCAACAUGGUUAGAUAUCCAGGGACAAUAGAUCCUAUAGUACAGAAAAUGUUACCCUCUCAUGUCUUUAUAAAGCCAACCGGGAAGACAUUGUCAGCUGGUGUGUGAAAAAAACAUGGAAUGCAUUGUGGAUAGAAUCAUGUACAUUUCAAUUUUAGAAUUUAGAUAUUUAAAGUUCAUGUUAUUUCCUUAGUGGGAGCAGUAUAUAUGUUAUUUGUAGGUCUCUGUACUAGCUGAUUGACACUAAAUGUAUGUAAAUAUUAGUUUCUAACAUACUGUAAACUUUUAAGGCAGUUAUGUUUGUAUAUACUGCUGAAGUACCUACUUGCUUGGGUGGGUUUUUUUUUCUUUCUUUCUUUUGAAUGUACCUAAUGUUAAUUGGGAAGUGUGCAAUAUCAGUUAUUUAAUUGAUAAAUCUGUUAGAUAUUCCAUCUUGUCACAUUUGACUAAUGUUAUUUUAAAAUAUGACUUUCAAGCUUGUAGUAUUAUGUGAUAAUAAAAAUUAUAAUUUUCUGUGACUGUUGUAAUAAUAUCCCGAUGCUAUUUAUGUAUCUGGAAUUAUUUUUUAAUGACUAUUAGUUUCAAUAAAUUAUGUUCAAGAUUAAAGAUUUUCACCUUUCGAUACAUCAUUGUUAUUGCAAAUAAAACUAAUUCUUAGUAUUGUAUGGUUGUGCUGAUAUUCAAAACUAUAUAACAGUAAAAUGAAAGCUGUAAAGAACAAUAAUUCUAUAAGUUUGAUGUUCAAAAACUUGAUUAUAUUGAUGUAUUAAAUAUUUGUGUAUAAGGUUGAUACAUUGUAAUGUGUUUGUAAUUAUUUUCAUUUCUUUUAAAUCCUGUAAUGUACAAAAGUUUUUGUAUUUUACAAUGUCAGUGUUUGCAAGAUGUUUCUUCAUAAAACUCUCAAUAUUUGCAAAACAAUUGAAAAAUAAACAUUAAUUUGACUUGAUUUACACCUUCAAUAUAAAGAUUUUUGUUGUGUAUAUAUUUAUUGAAGUUAAAAUUAUAUAAAAGUGUUACUUAUUUAUAUGUUCUACUAUAUAACAACAUUCAAAGAAGAUAAAAUGAAUAAAUUUA